CUUGCGGCUCGGCGCGUGUCCGCAGCUCCGGGCCUGGGCGCGAGCAGACCCCGGAUCUCGGAGCGCGUCCCGUUCCACCUGCGAUCACCGACGGCGCGGGAGCCCGCGUGGGACUCCAGGACAAGAUGCGGGCCACCCCUCUGGCUGCUUCUGUAGCUUCCCUCACCAGGAAGAAGAGGUUGGAGUUGGAUGAUGACUUCAGUGUGGACUAUCCCAGCCGAAAACGAGCUCGACGUGGGCCCCAGCCCAAGCCACCCCCUUGUCUGCUGCCCCUGAGCCCUCCCCCUGCUCCAGACUGUGCCCCUGCUGUGGCCCUUGCUUCUCGGCUGGGAUCAUAUAUCCUCCUGGAGCCCGAAGAGGGCGGGCGGGCCUAUCGGGCACUGCACAGCCCCACAGGCACAGAAUACACCUGCAAGGUGUACCCGGCUUGCGAGGCCCGCGCAGUGCUGGAGCCCUACGCGCAACUGCCCCGCCACGAUCUGGUGGCACGGCCUGCUGAGGUCCUUCUGGGUCCCCAGCUCUACGCCUUUUUUGCUCGGACCCACGGAGACAUGCACAGCCUGGUGCGCAGCCGCCGCAGGGUCCCAGAGCCCGAGGCCGCGGCACUGUUCCGUCAGAUGGCGGCCACGGUGGCGUAUUGCCACCAGCACGGUCUAGUCCUGCGCGACCUCAAGCUGCGUCGUUUUGUCUUCACCGACUGUGAGAGGACGAAGCUGGUGCUGGAGAACCUGGAAGAUGCCUGUGUACUGACUGGGCCAGAUGAUUCCUUGUGGGACAAGCACGCGUGCCCGGCCUAUGUGGGACCUGAGAUCCUCAGCUCCAAGGCGUGCUACUCCGGCAAGGCAGCCGAUGUCUGGAGCCUGGGUGUGGCGCUCUUCACCAUGCUGGCUGGCCACUACCCCUUCCAGGACUCAGAGCCUGCCCUACUCUUUGGCAAGAUCCGCCGAGGGGCCUUUGCCCUGCCUGAGGGCCUGUCGGCUCCUGCUCGAUGCCUGGUUCAGUGUCUCCUUCGGAGGGAGCCAGGGGAGCGACUCACAGCCAGAGGCAUCCUGCUGCACCCCUGGCUGCAGGAGGAGCUGAUCCUCUCAGCCCCAUCCCAGUCCCACUGCGGGCCGGCUGACCAGGUGGUCCCCAGUGGGCCGGGACUGGAGGAAGCUGAGGAGGAGGAGGAGAUGGGUGAAGGGGAGGUGGGUCUUUAUGGCUAGGGCCACCCCACUGGA